AUGGCAUGUGCGGUGGAGUCUGUUGUUUCAAAGCUUCCACAGACUAAGGGCAUGGAGUUCAGGUGGAAAGUUAGAUCCAUGCUAGAGAAGUCUAAGUCUUCCAGACCUAACAUAACCAUGAAGGAACUGAAAGCCGUGAAAUCUUUGAGACUUAACAAGGAAAUUAGGAUUCUUCAAGCAGACAAAGGCAACUGCACAGUGGUUUUGGACGAAUCCAAAUACAAGGAUAAGUUAAACACGUUGCUAGAGUCCGGAGUUUACGAAACCUUGCCCAAAGACCCUACAGCUAAGGUGGAGAGGAAAGUACAGAAACUCCUUUCUAAAUAUAAAACCACUCUUCCGUCCGAUCUUAAACACAGGCUGACUCCAUACCACAGCAAACCUCCACAUCUGUAUGGUCUGCCCAAGAUUCACAAAGCGGAUAUUCCUCUGAGGCCUAUAGUAAGUUCGAUUGGUUCUCCUUGCUAUGCACUGGCCGGCUUUCUCCACAAGAUACUCAGUCCUUUUGCUGGUAAAUCCGACUCUUUCGUUAAGAAUUCCGCCCACUUCAUUCAGUUAUUAAAGACUGUUAACCUUCAUUCUCAAGAUACUCUCGUUAGCUUUGACAUUGUCAGUCUCUCCACUAAUGUUCCAGUCAACGAGGUCCUACAUAUCAUUGAAAACAAGUUACACGACGAUGUCACACUGGCGGAACGGUCUGUCUUGCAGGUCGGAGCCAUCAUGGAGCUGCUGGAAGUCUGUUUGAGAACCACCUAUUUUCAGGUUGACGACAAGUUCUUCCAACAGAAAGAUGGCAUGGCUAUGGGAAAUUCUCUCUCGCCCAUCGUUAGCAACAUCUUCAUGGAGCAUUUUGAAAAACUAGCUCUUGACUCAACUCCGUACAAACCAUCGUUGUGGCUGCGAUACGUGGAUGACACUUUUGUAGUCUGGCCUCAUGGUCCAGAGAGAUUACAGACUUUCUUCGACCACCUCAACAGUUUAAGGCCUUCCAUCUGCUUCACCAUGGAAACUGAGUCUAACAAUGCGAUCUCAUUUCUGGACGUUCUGGUCAUCAGGGAAAAGACGGCACUAGCCACACAGGUCUACAGGAAACCCACCCACACUGGCCAAUACCUCAACUUCAAUUCUAACCAUCCGCCGCAUAUUGAAGAGGGAUGA